CGGUUCCCGGAGCUCCAGGAAAUAUCAAUGUUCAAAGAUCUCCGUUAGUUUCCGUCUUGAGUCCGAACCUUCUCUGGUUUGAUUGUAUAACUGUCCAAAUACACGCUGGAAUCCUUCAAAAAAAAGUAAAAAAGUCUUGUCAGCGUUUAGUGAGAAAAAAUCAAAGACGGAUAGAAAGUUACAUGUGAUACUCAGUUAAAAUAAUGAAUCUGACAAAACUAGUAGGAUGAUUUUACUGGAUAAACUAGAAUCCUGAACCUGAAAAAUCUGAGACAAUGAUGGCCCCUUUUGGUUCAAAUUUCUCCACACACUCUAUAGCGGGUCAAAUUGGAGAGGAAUGUAUGAAAUCUGGACACAAGAUCGGAGAUAUCUCAUCCUACAGUCUUCUCCAGUCUCAAGAAGCUGAGGUAUGUUACGGUUCAUCCUUCCGUUCCAGUUACCAUUCCUUCUCGGAGCCAGGUUUCCCUAAACUAGAAAACAAGAUCCCGUCUCCGCUCCAUCUUCAUCAAAGCUCUCACCUUCAUCUCCAAGAUCUUAGAUCACAACAAGAGGAGCAGAGUGUGAACAAUGUUUAUGGAACCCUGAGCUCUGGUUUCCCAAUCUACCCUGCUCCAACCUCAAACUUCUCCCAGACUCUGGGUAGACCUGAGCACAGGGGUAGGACGGAUACUAGUUCUACAGACCAGGAUGACAGAUUGACGACCUGUAACGUGAAGUUGGAGGAAAUUGAUUCGUCCUUACAUCUUGAUCCUGAGGCUGAGACACAGGAAGAAGAAGAAGAAUCGAAGAAAACCAAAUUACCGGAUUCUAAACUGAAUGAAAAUAAAGUGAAACCUCCAUACAGUUAUGUUGCUAUGAUUGCAAUGGCAAUUAAUGAGAGCUCGGAGAAGAAAUUGAAACUAUGUCAAAUUUACGAUUGGAUCAAAUCUAAUUUUCCCUACUAUAAGGUAAUUUUUGGGGGCGGGACGAAAAAACACUUUGAAAUUUUAAUAAAAGCAGACGAAUGUAUCCGACACAAUCUCUCCUUGAACGAAUGUUUUGUCAAGAUACCAAGUGAGGGCGGGACGGAGAGGAAAGGAAACUACUGGAUGGUUGCUCCCGGUUACGAGGAUAUGUUCGAGAGCGGGAACUUCAAGAGACGGAAGAGAAUGAGACGACACAGUUAUAAACCCUCGUUAUACAAGGGUUGGUUAGGAGAUCAUACUCCUUCUCCUCCUUUCACUGCUCUCUAUAGAUCUUAUCCUCAUCCUCUAUAUUCUACCAUGUCCAGUUCUGCCUGGCCUUCUCUCUCCGGGAUGAAAACAGAUUUCUCCGGGUAUGGUUAUACAGGGGCGGGGAACGCUAUGCGAGGAGGAGGUUCUCAUCUCACCUCUCCCUCCCACCUGUCAGCCUACACCCCCCUCUCUCCACUCCCAGUUAAAUCUGAUCUUCUGACUCCCUCCUACCAAACAUAUGCACAGUUCGGUUCCGGAGCAGGAUCAACCAACGGGUUCAAUAGUUUCAAUUGUAGUCGGAGAAUAGAAGAUGCAGCAGUAUCAUACUCUUCAGCAAACACAUACUAUUGAACCUCCCCCUUCCCCUCCCCCUACUCCUCAUCCGACACCUAAUAUACCCCCUCCCUCCUGCUACUCCUCAUCCAACACCUACUAUUCAUCCUUCUUCCUACUCCUCAUCUUUCCUCCUACUCCUCAUCCAACACCUACUAUUCAUCCCUCCCUCCUACUCCUUAUCUUACAUAUUCUAUUCACUCAUCCCUCCUACUCCUCAUCCAACAUCUUCUAUCCAUUUCUCCCUUCUAAAUCUCAUCCAACACCUUCUAUCCUUCCCUCCUUCGAACUCUUCAUCCAACACCCUCUAUCCAUUCCUCCUUCUACUUCUCAUACAACACCUUCUAUCUAUACCUCCUUCUACUCCUCAUCCAACACCUUCUAUCCAUUCCUCCUUCUACUUCUUAUACCACACCUUCUUUCCAUCCCUCCUUCUACUUUUCAUGCAACACCUUCUUUCCAUCCCUCCCUCCUACUCAUACUCCUCAUCCAAUGCCUACUAUCCAACCCUCCCUCCAACCAGAUAAAACAAGUCCCGGAGCAAGACUAAACCAAUCCUCCUCCUUACUCCGUAUCUAAACCAGUGUGAUGAACCCUGUGAAGUGUAAACUAAGUUUAACACACUUAUAAAACGGCAGCAAAAACUUUAUAUUUUGAAUCCGAUUUUUAAAAAAGUGUAUUCUUUGAUCUAAAUAUGUAAGGAAUAUUGAAUAAAACAGAUUAAUAGAUGAUGAAUAAUUAAAGAAAUUAUCAACGUAGUUUUUAAGCUUUUAAUUAAAUAAAUAGAUAAAGAGGACUUAAACUAUUCUCACUGGUACCCCUUUCAUCUGAGUAGUUCGUUUUGCACUUGCCGCUAUGCAAUCUGACAAGCAACAAAUCUAGGAAGUUUUCUUAUCCGUUUUUGUGGUUCAAAUCCGGAAGUUAUUUUGAAAGUAAAACCCUGGUCGCCUGUUGUUAAUUUUAAAGAUAAAGAUUUGAAGGGAAUCGUUGUGAAUCGAUGAUAGAUUCUUUGAUUUGGAGGCUCUUUUAUACACGUUGACAUUUCUUUGAUGAAUGAAGGUUAUUAGUUUUUGAUCUGCAAAAGUAGAAUUUUAAAAAAAUUACUAAAAACAAUAAAUUUGUUUAAACUGCAGACCCGAAAAGACUGCUAGAUUUUCAAAUGUAAAAUAUCAAAAAUUUUAAAUCUAAGCAUUUUUUCAACCGUGGCAGUGUCAGCUAGUCCAAUAUAGAAUGGAUCAAUCUUAAAGUUGUUUCUAAAUCCCGAACCUGAUAGAAAAUGUAUUUUAUUUUUAUUGUUGAAUGUCAUCUCGUUAUUAGUGAAAAAUAGAAAACAAUGUUAAUUCA